AUGCCUUCACUUCGAUCCUUAGAGAGCGAUGCAGCUCAUAACUCCAACAUGGAUAAAUCGGUGCAGACGUGGAAUACCGUAACGCAGUCACUAUGUAUUACCGCCAUGACUAUUUUCUUUGGACUACGUGCAUACACCCGCCUAUCGCUGCUGAACGGGUUUUGGAAAGAAGAUUGGACUUGUCUUGGUGCUUAUUUUCUCGGGAUCUGCUACUCGAUCAUUGCUCUCAUCAUGGGCCAUUAUGGCGGAGGCCUUCACAUUGACGAUGUACCGAUCGAGCAUCUCAUUCCAUUUCGAAAGACUGUCUACGUGACCAUGGUCAUGUACGGCCCGACCGCAUAUCUCACGAAAGUAUCCCUCCUCUGGAUUAUGACCCGAGUAUUCAAACCGUUUCGUGAAUCCGUCAUCGCCAUCUACAUCUUUCUUGGCGUCAUGUUGGCCUACUACAUCCCGGCCGUUAUCGUCAAGAUCCGUAUCUGCGAUCCCAUCUCCAAAUUCUGGUCACCGUCCACGCCGGGAUCAUGUCUCGACCAGAACUCCAUCAUCCUGGCCGACGCGGUUGUCAGCGUCGUCAGCGACAUGAUCAUUCUUCUGCUACCUUUUCCACUAACGUUGCGUCUCCAGCUACCAAUGAAGAAGAAGAUACGCGUGAUGGGCAUCCUCGGCGCAGGGGGACUGGCCUGCGCGUUCAGUGUUAUCCGACUGAUUCUCAUCGUGGUCACCGGGCAGUCAAAAGACGGAACGAUCGCAUUCAUGCGAGUCAACAUGUGCGGCAACGCCGAAAUUGCCAUCGGCAUCGUCUGCGCCUCUCUCCCCGCUCUCUCGGCUCUCAUCACGCACGUCUACAACGAAUACUCCACCAACGGCGCCACGCACACAUCCGGCCAGGAUGUCAGCAAAGGCAGAAAUCCGAGCAAUCGCGACAGUCGGACCGAGCAAGUCAUGCCGCCUCUCCAGCUGAUGGAGAUGGACUGCGACCAGAACAUUCUCAUGCAACAUGUUCAGGGACAGCCUCGGAUCGAGACGGCGGUGCUUAGCGAGGGAGGUCACUUUCAUGCUGAGGCGGGAGGGAUCUUGAAGACGGUGGAUGUGUCGACGUCUGUGAGUUCACGGGGCGGCGGAUCCGGCUUCGGCGCAGCCAUCGCGCGCCGAUUCGGCGAAGAAGGAGCAAAAGUAAUAAUCGCAGAUAUCAACCCCGAAGGAGGGCAGAAGGUCGCAGCGCAGAACCCAGACCAGUUACUUUUCAAGAACCUGGAUGUCACGAGCGCCGAGGACUGGAAGGCCGUGGUGGAUGGGGCGGUAGAAAGGUUCGGUAGACUUGAUGUGUUGGUGAAUAAUGCGGGGACGACGUAUCAGAAUAAGCCAACUGCGGAAGUCACCGAAGCGGAAUGGGAACGCGUGUUCAACGUCAACGUGAAAGGCAUCUUCCUGGGCACGAACGCCUUCAUUCCGAAACUGAUUGAACAGGGACAAGGCGGGUCCAUGAUCAAUGUUUCGUCGACGGGGGCGACGAGACCGAGACCUGGGUUGGUGUGGUAUAAUGCAUCCAAGGGGGCGGUGUCGAAUGCAACAAAAGGCCUAGCAGCCGAAUACGGCCCCCACAACAUCCGCGUCAACACCGUCUCGCCUCUCCUAUCCGGGACGGGCCUUUUCUCCAUGUUCACCGGGAUGCCGGAUACACCUGAAAACCGGGAGAAGUUUAUCGGGAACGUGCCGCUAGGCAGACUGACGGACCCUGAUGACGUCGCGAACAUGUGUCUGUAUCUGGCGAGCGACGAAGGAAGCUUCGUGAACGGCACGGAGAUGAUAGUCGACGGAGGAAAGUGUAUCUAA